GUUUACUAAAUCUCGCCAACACUUUAAUAUUAAUUUUAAUUAAAUUUAGUGCUUAAUAAUGGAUAAUUUACCAAAUGAAUUGGUCUAUAACAUUCUUAAAAAACUAAAGCAAAAGGAGCUAUUAAAGUGUGCAAUGGUCUGUAAAAGAUUCAAGGAUAUAAUCGAAUCUUACAGUUUGAUCAACAAAUUAGUCAUUCAAGAUGAAGUUUGUGAUUCAUCAUUGCCGGUUUUCAAUAGAAAGUAUACCAAGGUCAUUAUCAGAGAUAACAAUGAUGUCAAUAUUUUGAAGGCAUUACAAACAACUGGAGAUAGUAUUUUGGAAGUGAAAUUUGAUCAGCAUAAUUCGUCUUUGGAAAGCAUUACUAAAACAUUGAAUUAUCUACCAAAUGUCAAGGUUAUUACAUUUUAUUACGUACGAAUUGAGGAUGAUGAGGAAGUUGUUAAGGAUCUUGUGCAGCCAAUAUCACACACUAUCGAUUUUCAUUUUCUUGAAAGUGAUCCACUAAUUUUCAAAGUAUUGACGAAUUUAUCAGCAAAAUCAAUUGAGUUACGAUUGUACGGAGAUUCUCCGUAUUACAACUUUGAAAACUUUAUGCCAUUCAUGGCUAAACAGAAAGAAUUAAAGUCAUUCCGAUUAAGUGGCAUUUUUGAGUCCAAUUUGAUGUAUGGGUAUGUACCAAAAGGAGAUUAUCGCUUGACAGAGUUUGAAAUAUCAAAUUGUGAUCUUGAGGAAUGGAUUUAUCUUGAAACAUAUCUUAAUGAUCAUGUUGACAGCUUGGAGAAAUUAUCAUUCAGAGAUUUGCGAUCUUGGGAUCCAUCAGUUAUCGUUAAAGCAUGCAACAACCUAAAACGGCUUGAAAUAUUGGAAGAUAUGAGCAUUAAUGAUAUCGACAGUGAUAUUACAUCAGUCAAGGAGCUUUCAGUUGAGAAUCCAAGCUUAUCAAUUACAAAGUUCACUAAUUUGAAAAAACUAUUCAUGCAAAAUGCAACAGCUGAAGUCAAUCGUGCAAUAAUUGGUAGUAAUAUCGAGAAUCUUACAGUCAGAUUUGGAACUGUUGAAGGAAUUCAAUGCGAGAAGCUGACAAAGCUAAGAUUAAUGAACAUUGAUGGGCCAUUAACUGAAGAGUUUUUCAGAAAUCACCCAAAAAUUGUAGAUUUAAAGCUUGAAAAUCAUUUCUUGCUUACUGAUGCUUUAUUGGAAACAAUUGUCAGGUACUUGCAGAACUUAAAAGUAUUAACUAUUUAUGGCAUGAAUGACCUCUCAUCUCGUGCAUUUGAAAUCAUCAAGACUCAUUGCAAGAAUUUAAAAGUCUUGGAUACAAAAAUUUGGAGUCAACGCUACAAGAUAGCAGACUGGAAGUGCCUCUUUGAAAGCAAUAAUGGAAUCGAAAUUUAUACUGAAACUUUUAAUUUCUAAUCGGGUAUUAAUGUAAAAUGUUGCAGCAUGAAAUUUAUUUUUUUUUUAACAGAACAAAUGGAA